CUCCUAGUGAUCUAGAUUCCAGACCAACACCCUCACGGAGCUUCGGCGUCACCAAGCCAGUCUGCAAGAGAAUGACUCCAAGAUCAACGUGCGCUUCAGGAGGAAGGAAUGGGACCUUUAAGUCUAGCUGGAGUUCGGCAUUAGAUCUCAAGUCUGGAUCCACCGACAUUACCAAAGGUCAACAAAUUAAAUACAACAGAGAAUAUGAGCUUGGCAACACAGACUCGGCGACUAAGGAAAGCGCAUCUUCCUUCGGCGAAGAGAACACAAGAAAUAAAAGAAUGAAGAAAAAGAUGCCAGUUAAAUCAGCAAGCAGACAACGUGGGAAUCGCAGAGGGAAGGCAAACGACAGAGAAAGGCACCGCAUGCAUAAGCUGAACUCCGCUCUGGAUACUCUGAGAAGCGUGCUUCCAACUUUUCCAGAUGACGCGAAACUGACUAAAAUUGAGACGUUGAGAUUCGCGCACAAUUACAUUUGGGCAUUGUCAGAAACACUGAGAAUUGCAGACCACGUUCGACAAAUUUCAAAUCACGUUCGGGAUCAGUGGAACGUCACGGUGCCAAGUGCUGACUUGGAAGCGCGUUACAGCGCAACAAGCUCGUGCGCGUCCAAGUGGCACUCCACAAACUCAUCAUCAAAUUGGCAAGAAACCCAAGGCCACUACACUGAUUUGUUGCUUGAGCAAUUUAACAGUAAUUUUCAGGACAACCUGACAUUUUGAUUUGCUGAGGAAAGUCUAAUCUGCGAGUAGCAAAACAAAUCAAUUGCAAAAGUUAACUAUUGCUAUUAGUAGCUACUACGAGUAGGCCAUGACACGUUUCAGAGCUGCUCAUAUGUGUAUUAAUUUGACUUUUCGUUAAUGCCUGAAAAACAAAAACAUAAUGAUUUGAUCAUUUUAAUUUUUCAUACGUUUUAUUGCAUGCUUCCAUUUGUAUAUGACGAUGACCGACAAAUCAAUGUUGUAAAUAUUGUUUCUGAUGUUUCCUUCUUCCUUUUUUAAUUCAAGCUAAUAAACAAAAAGUUAUUUUAAAAAUCUUGUUUUCAUUCGAGUGCUUUUGUAGAAUAUAAAUUGUACAAUCAAGUAUAAUAUAUUCAUAUAGGCUACAAUGCUUCAGUGUGAAGCAAGCUUGCAUGUUGUAAUUUGACUGACAGGGUUCUGCGCAUGCGCUGUACACCAGCUGAGUUUCCAGAGCAACAGGCAUCUCAAUUGAAA